UACAGCUGGCCCUCUUGCCUGAAAACAACGACAACAGAAAAUGAAAAUAUCCGAAUAUUAGUUUGAAUUUGUUAUAUUUCAGAGAAUAUUAGUUUGCAUUUGUUAUAUUUCAGAGUUUGUAAACUCCAGGGAGAUUAUCUGAAGUUGUAAACCAUGGAGCCGACAGCGCCCAAAAGCAAGCUGAAGAAACUGAGUGAAGACAGUCUCACAAAACAACCAGAGGAGGUCUUUGAUGUUCUGGAAAAACUUGGUGAAGGGUCCUAUGGCAGUGUGUUUAAAGCCAUCCAUAAGGAGUCGGGCCAGGUGGUGGCUAUCAAACAGGUGCCUGUUGAGUCAGACCUCCAGGAGAUCAUCAAGGAGAUAUCCAUCAUGCAGCAGUGUGACAGUCCCUAUGUGGUGAAGUACUAUGGCAGCUACUUUAAGAACACAGACCUGUGGAUAGUGAUGGAGUACUGUGGAGCCGGCUCUGUUUCAGACAUCAUCAGACUACGCAACAAGACGCUCACAGAGGAUGAGAUAGCCACCAUCCUCAAGUCCACAUUGAAAGGUCUGGAGUAUCUGCAUUUCAUGAGGAAGAUCCACAGAGACAUCAAGGCAGGCAACAUUCUCCUCAACACAGACGGCCAUGCCAAGCUGGCUGACUUUGGAGUAGCGGGACAACUCACGGACACGAUGGCAAAGCGGAACACGGUGAUCGGGACUCCUUUCUGGAUGGCUCCAGAGGUCAUCCAGGAGAUAGGAUAUAACUGUGUGGCAGACAUCUGGUCCCUGGGCAUCACCUCUAUAGAGAUGGCUGAGGGCAAACCUCCCUACGCUGAUAUACAUCCCAUGAGGGCUAUUUUCAUGAUCCCAACCAACCCACCUCCUACGUUCAGGAAGCCUGAGCUGUGGACAGACGACUUCACACACUUUGUAAAGAAAUGUCUGGUAAAGAACCCAGAACAGAGAGCUACAGCCACACUGCUACUACAGCAUCCGUUCAUCACGGCAGCCAAGCCAGUCACCAUCCUGAGAGACCUGAUCACUGAGUCCAUGGAGAUGAAGGCUAAGAGACAGCAGGAGCAGCAGAGAGAGCUGGAGGAGGAGGACUCUGAGGAGGAGGUGGAGGUGGACUCCCACACCAUGGUGAAGUCUGGAUCAGAGGGGGCUGGCACCAUGAGAGCUGCCAGCACCAUGAGCGACGGAGCUCAGACCAUGAUAGAGCACGGCAGCACCAUGUUAGAGGCAGACCUGGGAACCAUGGUCAUCAACAGUGAUGAUGAGGAGGAGGACAACGAUGAAGGCUCCAUGAGGAGACACCCCACCCCCCAGCAGGCCCUGAGACCCUCCUUCAUGGACUACUUUGACAAGCAGGACUCUAAGGUCCAACAGGAGAGCUAUAACCAUAACCAGCAGCAGGAUCCAGGCUAUCACGUCAGCCAGGCUAAGAACGUCUUCCCUGACAACUGGAAGGUUCCUCAGGACGGAGACUUUGACUUUCAGCUGAAGAACCUUGACUUUGAGGAGUUGCAGCAGCGUCUGACGGCUCUGGACCCCAUGAUGGAGCGAGAGAUCGAGGAGCUCCGACAGCGUUACACCGCCAAGAGACAACCCAUCCUCGACGCAAUGGACGCAAAGAAACGCAGACAGCAGAACUUCUGAAGAGCCUGACCUGAGGAAGACAUUCUGACCUGGGCCCGUUUUCAGACAGCGUCUCAGAUUCAGGAGUGCUGAUCUAGGAUAAGGUCGUCCACUUUCCAUGUCACCUUUUUCCUUAUGAUCUAAAAGGGACAACUGAUGCUAGAUCAGCACUCAGAACUGCUGAGGACCUUAGAGAAGGCAUUCUGACCUGGCCAAGGGAGAGGAGAGACCUGAAACCUGUCUGGAAAUGAAUUCACCCUGUGCUCCUAAAUGUCCUCCAUUUUGUCUCUCAUCAUCACCACCCCAGUAGUCAGUGUGACCUGGAGUCAUCCUAUCUUCCUGUGACUCCCCCUCUGUUAGUUAUGAACCUGGAGGUAGCCUUGCGUCCCAAAGUAUGAUUGAUAACAUAUUUUCUUAAAGAGAAGUUUCUCCCCUUUUAAAGCGACCUCUGACUGAUCAGUACUGGCUGGGUUUCUCCAACUCUGCUACUAUGUUAUUUGGCUCUUGGGAAAUGACCAGCAGAUAUGGAAAAUAAUGUUAAAGGAGGAUACAAGAAGGCAUUGUAAAAUGCUGACUUCCUACUUCCCUCCCUCUUACAUCGGGCUCACUCAGAGGCGUGGUCGUCUCCUCAAGCACAACGAACAAUGGCAGACUGGGGAAAGCGGCCAAUGUAGAAAUCGCUCUGUCAUUUCCAGGUGCUAAAAUCCUUCACUUUUCGAUCAAAUAUCAGAUUGUGAGAAAAACAAUAAUUUGUGUGAGAAACCAUCUAAAUCGCUAUUAAAUAUAUUUUCAAUAACAAAAAAUUACGUUUUUACGGCUGUUUAAAGAUGGUGGACAAAACUGAAAGUAAAUUGUUAUCCGGGAUCCUUAGGACGUCCACCACUAUUGUCCAUGCUAUCCGGUAUCCUUGUACAAUCUGUAACCAUAACGACUGUAUUGGACCUGAGAAUGUAACUCUAACGUUACCCCAUGGAAGUUGAACAUUUAAAAUGGUUAAGGUUAGUGUUAUGUUUAGGGUAGGGAUGGAAGGGUUAGGGUUAAGGUUAGGUUAG